GUUUCGUGCCAAAGUGCUGUCGGAUUCACUGCUAUGUGGUCGCGUUGGCGCUCCUUGUCCCUAUCCCACACCUCGCUCUUGCCUUUGAAGGGAUCGCCAAGCCGUAGGAAUGUUCCCACAUUAAUGCGCAGUGCACGUGGUUCUUAACCGCAAUAUCUAAAAACCUGGUAUUGAGGAGCGACAUUGCGAAAGGAGGGGGAGAACAUAAUUUCUACCUAGAUGUGGGAGAAAUGCAGCUCGUGAGGGAUUUUCUGAUUCAGGAAGAGCGCGAGACGGACUCGAAAUUCCCUCACGUGCGCAUCGUGGGAGAUAAAGCUGUUCAACGCUUCUAUUUUUUGUCUUGAUUUAUAACAGAAAUGCGGCCGAAAAGGUCCUAAACAAUCACGGUAAAUGGGGCAACAUGCAAAUACGCACCGACAGUGAACGUUUGUCAACAGCUCCAGGAGGUGGUUUGCCACCGACCAACAAAUAAUAUUUCAACCCGAGUGGCACGAGCCAAGAAGAACGGACUCCGUAGUUUUUAGAUAUUGGGAUUAUAUCUUCUUACUUGGGUGUCCACGAUGAAGAGGAGACAGAAGCGAGUGUUGCAAAUGGCCUUCGUAUUCAUGGUGGCUUUGAUAUUUCUGCCAAACGUCGGACUGUGGUCUUUAUACCGGGAGAAACACCUGAUGAAGUCGCACGAGGCCGGCGAACAGGGCUUCUCGCUGGGGCUGAGCGAAGGACACAUUUACACCUGGACGGACGGCUUGAGGAGGAGAGACUGGCAUGAUAACGAGAGCAUCAGGAGAGACGAACUGCGUGUCGGGAAAGGGGAGCACGGCAAGCCCUACCCUCUGGCUGAGGAUGAGUGUGACGACUCGGUUUACAAGGAGAACGGCUUCAAUAUCUACGUUAGUAACAACAUCGCCUUGGACCGCUCUCUACCAGACAUCAGACAUCCAAACUGCAAGACGAAGCUGUACCUGGAGAACCUUCCCAACACCAGCAUCAUCAUCCCCUUCCACAAUGAGGGCUGGUCGUCCCUGCUGAGGACCAUCCACAGCAUCUCCUACCGCACCCCAGACCACCUCAUCGCUGAGAUCAUACUGGUGGACGACUACAGUGACAGAGAGCACCUGAAGGGCCGUCUGGAGGAGUACAUGGCCCGGUUCCCCAAGGUGCGCAUCGUUCGGACCAAGAAGAGGGAGGGUCUGAUCCGUACCCGUCUGCUGGGGGCCUCGGUGGCCAAGGGAGAAGUCCUCACCUUCUUGGACUCUCACUGUGAGGCCAACGUCAACUGGCUGCCCCCCCUGCUUGACCAGAUUGCCCAGAACCCCAAGACCAUUGUGUGCCCUAUGAUUGACGUGAUCGACCAUAACCACUUUGGAUAUGAAGCCCAGGCUGGGGAUGCCAUGAGGGGAGCCUUCGACUGGGAGAUGUACUACAAACGCAUCCCCAUCCCUCCAGAGCUCCAGGGCCCUGACACAAGUGAUCCCUAUGAGUCUCCAGUGAUGGCUGGAGGUCUCUUUGCCGUCAACCGUCAGUGGUUCUGGGAGCUGGGUGGCUACGACACUGGCUUGGAAAUAUGGGGCGGAGAGCAGUACGAGAUAUCGUUCAAGGUAUGGAUGUGUGGGGGCAGUAUGUACGACGUACCAUGCUCCCGAGUUGGACAUAUCUACAGGAAAUACGUCCCCUACAAAGUGCCAUCUGGAACAAGCCUAGCCAGAAACCUGAAGAGGGUGGCUGAGACAUGGAUGGAUGAGUACACAGAGUUCAUCUACCAGCGUCGUCCAGAGUACCGCCACCUGUCCACCGGGGACCUGACGGCCCAGAAGGAGCUGAGAAGACACCUCAAGUGUAAAGACUUCAAGUGGUACAUGAACGCUGUGGCCUGGGACCUGGCCAAGUACUACCCCGCUGUGGAGCCGCUGCCUGCCGCCUGGGGAGAGAUUCGUAACGCUGCAUCAGGUCUGUGUAUAGACUCCAAGCACGGCCCCACAGGGACAGAGCUGCGACUGGACGCCUGUCUGAAGGAGGGGGCUGAACGCACCUGGGCACACGAGCAGAUAUUUACAUUUGGCUGGAGAGAGGACAUCAGGCCAGGGGAUCCUCUCCACACCAGGAAGUUCUGCUUUGACUCCAUCUCCCAGAGUUCUCCUGUCACACUGUACGACUGCCACGGCAUGAAGGGCAACCAGCACUGGAGCUAUAGGAAGGAUAAAUUGCUGUACCACCUGGUGAGCAGCGGUUGCAUGGACUGCAGUCCCGGUGAUAAGAGGAUUUUCAUGAAUAAAUGCGACCCUGGGUCGGAGACGCAGCAGUGGCUGUUCCAGAGAGUCAACGCCACCGUCCUGGACAAAUUCAACAGCGCUGCGGCUGCCAGCUCCUAGGAACCAGGCGCCAACCCCCACGACAAAAAAACUAAACAAACGUGUGCAUUGUAGCAGCAAGUGGCCAGCCAGUUAGCUAGCGGUCCUGUCUCCCAGACCCCCCAGCUCAUCAACGUGGGGGCUACAAAGUGGAAAAGAAGGGGGUGGGGGGGCUGGGGCUGGGGCUAUGUUUCUGUUCUGUCUGCGGAUCCUCUGCCCGAUGGGAUCAGAUCCAAAAUGGAGGAUAAAGACUCCUUCCUGGCUGAAAGAGAUUCUGGGAUUCUGCCUGGUUCUGCCCAAUGGGCUGAUGGGACGUUCAAGGUCGCCUAUUCUCAGAGAACUAACCAGACUAGACUAGACCCAAGCUAAGCCGCCACACAGGGGCACCUUGCUGGUCGAGGACACAGAAACCUCCAGAACACUGUCCUCUAGGUCCUCUAUGGGUCAAAGGUCAAACACAGCAGGUCUAGUAGACUGUAUUUGUUUGUUUCAGGUUGAAAAAGGAAUGUUCCAACUGUCACUCUCUCAAGAUCGCAUGGUGGAUUUGUACUAUAUCGGAGGUUCAUGACGUUAAUUGCUCAUUUUUGUAAGGCUAUUUAUUUUCCAUGAUUAUUUAAUUAGUAUUUAUUUUGUAUUAAUUUAUUUAGUCUUUUUUUUUAAGAACAAUAAUUUAUUAAGUGUAUACUUGAAUGGGUUUUUCAGAUUUCUGGUCCCCGUGAUUGUACGAUUUGAAGUUGUGAAGUUCAGCCAAUGAAAAUGAUGUAGUAAACAUGAAUAAAAUUUGAAAAAAGUACAU